AUGCCUCCUGGCCGGCCACCAAAACGGCCUGGUGACGCUGCCGACAUCGAUUCGUCCGACGCUACUACGAAAUGCAAACUACCUCGAUUAGAUCGUGACCGCACCGCACCCAACGAUUUCUCUAGUGUUGUGAAAAGCAAGCUUCAAUCUUAUACAAGAACAGGACAAGCAUGCGAUAGGUGUAAGGUUCGCAAAAUUCGUUGCGAUGCUUUACCCGAAGGAUGUUCGCAUUGCAUCAAUCAAAAUCUCGAAUGUUAUGUGACAGAUCGAGUCACCGGACGGACGGAGCGAAGAGGAUAUAUGCAAGAGUUAGAACGCGAAAAGUCGGGCAUGUUAAAUCGUAUACGAGACCUAGAAAAGAUGCUACAGCAAAAUGGCAUUGAAGUCAAACCUUUUCGUCCAUCCUCGUCUCCGACCGUCGAUUCUACUCCCGAUGCAGGCAUUGGCAACAACAACAUAAAUAACCAAAUACAAGAAUCUACGGGAAAGCCCCAAUGGAACCAACAUGGGUCAUCUAUGUUAUUUAAGGGUCGAUUCCGAGUUCCUGGAAUACCUUUCGCAAACGAUCUACGCCCCACGAUAGAGCCAAGGCCGAUAGACGCUCAUAUAGGAGUUGGUGCAGAUCAAGCUCCUCUAAGCUCCGUCAAGGGCACCACUCUAUCCAUACUUGGGAGUACCAUAGAUAUAAGUUCAUUUGAUGCCCCGGAUAUGGACGAACCUUCUCCUGAUGCUCCCGCCCACUCGCCCGUAUAUAACAAGUCCGUCCACGCCAUGUUACAAUCCGUUACGAAUAUCAAUCCUCCGCUUCAUGUCGAUUAUCCUCCUCGAGCCGAUGCCUUCACAUAUGCCGAAUGGUAUUUUCUCAUGAUAUAUCCCUUUCACCCGGUCUUACAUAAGCCUACCUUUAUGGCCCUCCUGGGCCGCCUCUAUGAUGACCCUACCUUUAAACCCACUGUGGCUGAGACGACUAUGGUCCACCUGGUAUUUGCUUCGAUAUAUCUCCAAUAUGGAAUACGAAACCGAGAACAACCCGAUCAAAGAGCUCGUCUUAACGAUUUGUCAAAUAAACAUUACCACUUUGCUUUGAGCAAGUUUUUCGAGUUGUCUACUUCGAAAACCCUCUAUGAUCUCCAAGCUUUAACCAUGCUGAGUGUGCAUACGAUGCGAUUUCCGAAAUCUAACACUAGUAGUAUGUUGAGCAGCUACACAUUGGGUAUGGCUGUUGAGUAUGGCCUUCACCGUGCUUGGAAGAAACCCGGCGAAGAAACAAAUUUGGAGAAUGAACUUCGUAAGAGGUUAUGGUGGGCGAUUGUUUCGACAGUCGUCACAUUAAAUGGCCGUAUGGGACGACCUAUGCCUAUUCGAUUAGAGGAUAUCGAUGCCGACUUCCCGGAACUGAUACCCGAUGAGUGUCUUACGAAAGGCGGAGUCGACAGAACGAAAUCAACAGUGUCAUGUCGCUAUGAAAUUGGGGUUUCUGCCUGCAAAAUUUCAGCAUUGUUCCUCGAGAUGUACGCCAAUAUAUAUUGCGCAAGAAGGGAUCCAAACCGAUAUCUUCCAGUAAUCGAAUCGAUUGAAGAGCAACUUGAAGCUUGGCGAGAGAAUCUUCCUCCAUUGCUACAUUUCAGUAAUGUGGAUUCAGCCGGACCCGAACAGUCCAUGUUCGCUUUAUAUGCAGAAUAUAUGGCCCUUGAAUUUAGACUUACAUUACGACAUCCGGCUGCUUGUAUAUCAAAUGAUCCAAAGAUAUUAGCUGAGAACACGAAAAUAUGUGAAGAGACAGCAAAGAGCAUGCUGGAAAUCUUGCAUAAGGUAUAUAGAUUAAAAUCUUUAGAUACGACAUGGUACUGUCUUGCGAUAUACGUCACGGCUAUAUUUUCUACAUUAGUUGCACAUUGGGAGAGACGACAUGAGACCAACCCAACCGAGAUACAAACCCUUCGUGGGGAUAUGAAUUUGUGGUUAAACAUUCUGGCUGAGACAGGAAGUCUCAUGGGCUGCGGUAUGGGUCUUCACGAUGCAGUGGCUUCUAUUAUUGAACGCACUAUCGCAUGGAUAGAACACGAUCACCAAAAAGCGAACGAACAUAUCCCACAACCACAAAUAUCACAAGACAUGCUCAAGCAGUCACCGCGUUCGCCUCCCUAUGUCAAUUUACCUCCGGCACCGAAUUCUAACCCGAGCCACGAUACAGAAGCGGUGAAUGGGUCAACAGGCCACGUCAUCGCAACACCACGCAAUAACUAUUACACGGAAACUACUACCGAGUCUGGAACGUAUCCUCCGUUGGCAUACGCAGACUCUACCCCUCAUGCGACGAAUACACUUCCAUACGAUCCAAAUAAUUCUUUCCUAUACACGCAAGCAGGGCACGUUGCCGUCGCUCAAGCGCAAGCUCACGCGCAUGCUCAAGCACAAGCCCAAGCUCAGGUACAAAAUCCAGAGCACAAUCCUCUUACACAAUUCGCUACACAAGCGACGCAGAUGACGCAGCCUACACAUAUUAUGUGGCGACAACAACCCUCGGGCGGGAAUACAUGGCAAGAUUGGACGGCAGCUAUUGUCGACAAUCAAGAGCGAUACAGCGCGAACGCUCUAAUGUCCUUGGGCAACGCAGACCCGAGACCGGGUGCGAAUGUGGAUGCCACAGGGACGGCUAAUGGCAUGGGUAUGGGCGUUAACAUGAACGGCGCACCGGCAGCAACAUCGGCAGCUAUGCAGUGGCCUUUGUUACUCUUUUCAGAUGGAGUUAGUGGAACAUGA